AUGAGCACAAACGGCAGCGAUGAAAAGACGACGACGACAGCUUCCGUCUACCGCUGGUUGCAGAAUCCAACCCCGAUAUGUAUGUUUUACUUCGCGCAUCCCUUUGGCAUCGCGUCACCGGCCACCGGAGCGAAGCUGGCUCAAAUCCGAGACCACGCCACGAAAGGCUGCAAACAAAAUGGAAUCCCGAACGGAUCCGUGCCCGGAAAAACCACCACCACAGCCACCAUGAAUGGAAGCGUCAUGGGGGCACAAAAACCCCUCAGGAAGCCCACCACCGAGAGCAAUGGUGAACGAAAUGCAUCGAAAUCGCACCGGAAAAUGAACGGCUUGUUGGAUGGAACGAAACCAGCGCUGCAGCAACAGCAGCCGAAAAAGACGAAAAAACACAGGAUCCAUCGGCGGGUUAGCAACUUUGAGCAGUUCCUGCUCGAUAUGCAGCACACGUGUGGUGGUGGUGAAGCGUCCAGGAUUCGUCGCAUCGAUCGUGAGGAUCGUCAGACAGCGCUCGUUCCCUGGCCAAGCAUCAUCUGGAAUCGAGAUUUUAUCAUUCCGACACUUUUGCAAGCGCUGGUCCAGCAACACGGACGAAAAAUACCGGACAUCGAACAGAUUCUACGUACGGUUCGAUCCGCCUGGAACACCCCGAAAUCGCAACGGUCGCACUUGCAAAGCCAAGACAGCCGAGAAUCGUCAGCGUCGAACUUGGAUCUAUCGAGCUUCUGCGAUAGUUGCUGCCUCAGUCAACGAUUCCACAGGAUGGGAGCGGGCACAUAUGCUAACGCGACCAGUCCUGGACCGGGACUGCUUCGCAGGCGCUACUCGGUGCCAGAGAUCAUUAUGCGCAAGCACACGCUCGCGCAACAAAAAACAGACGAUGAGCCACCGUGGCUUCACCACGACACCAACCACAACGUGAUCGAGGUGCCGGCGCACAAACACGCCACCACACGUGGUUUAAGUGUUCGGUACAGCGUGACACCACCGCACCGGAAGUCGUUCGGUUUGCGGCACCGACAGCGCGAGAAUGGUUCCACCGGACGUAGCAGCAGCGUGGAAAGCCGUGCCGGUAGUGGUGGCAUCACGGGACACUCCGAUUGGCACGGUGGGACAACGAAACCGGGUCUUCUCAUGACGACCGGAUCCGAUCCUAACCUAACUUCGCUGCGGCAUCGCGUCCCGUCGAUCGGUGAUCGUUGCAGCAGUCCACUGUGCAAUGGGAUUGGCUCGAGCCGGGUGUUGGCCACCGGCACUGGAGGUAGUUUGCGCUCUAUCCACAAUAACUCUCUCAGUUACAGCAGCUCGAGCAGCGUGAACGGGCAGCUUGCCGGUGCUGGUGUUGGUGGUAUUGGUGACACCGGUGGUGCCGGAUAUGGGCAGCAACAGUUCGCGUACCCUGCGUACCGCGAUGGGGAUCAUUCGAUGAGAAAAACGACACUCCUCCGGCGCAUGUGGAGCCGGGAACUUCGCCGGUACGAACGUUCCGGCAGCUGGUCACCACCAUUGCGGUGCGUUCCGAGGCGUAUCUACAGCGUGGAAAGCAUCACCUCCGCCGUCGAAGGACACCGGAGUCCAUCGCGUGCGGACGAUUCGUGCGGAAGCGCACCGGGCGAGGAGGCCACCGACCGGCCGGGAAGCAGUGGCAGCAGUAUCGGUAGUGGUCGAUGUGCUACCACGGCAACGACGACCGGUGGUGCGAGUUCGUGCCAGGAGUGUGCAAAGCUCGAGCGUCAGUACAACGGUGGCUUCGGUACGGGCAAGUCCUUGCCCACGCGAACGCGCUCCCGUGAAACGGAUAGCUCAGGGCGGCAGGGCACACUUCCGGCCGGUGGUCGUACACAAGCGACGGUCACAAACGGCGGUGCCACGGUCGAUGACCGGCGGCAAACGGGACGCAUGUGUUCCUCGCAAUCGGUCGACCUUGGUGAUUCGGAGUCGGUUGUGCUGGUGGCGGCCGCCACUGGUGCCACGGUACGGGAGGUGGUGGUACGUCGUGACGUGGAGGAGGAGGACGACAACGGCAACGACGACGAGGACGAAUUUCCAUCGCACAGUAGCUCGGUUUCGUCCGUUGCGUCUCAGUCGUUACGCGUCACGCAAGCGACACGUGGUCGUGGCGGUGAUGAGCGUGAGUUGCGCGAGUUUUUGCAACAGGAACGGUUAGCCGCCGGUGGGCAUGGUGAGCAUGGGGGUGAUCGCACGCCUGUUCGGGAAGCUGGUGGUGUCCGCGGUGCUGGUGCUGCUGCUGGCGAUUAUUCUCGAGAACGUGUUACGGUUGCUGGUGGCGCUGCAGGAGCAGCAGUUGAUGAGUCCACCCGGGGAGAAUCAGAAGCGAGAGUAGAACGACAACCUCAAGGACAACAGCAGCAGGAGCAGGAUCAGGAUCAGGAUCAACAAUUCCCCGUCGGUGGAAAACGACGUCCUAGUGAGGAUAGCAGUGCGGCGCUUAGUGCGACGAUUUCCGCGGAAUCAGACUCGAGUGAGGACGCGGAAAGUGACACUGGUGACGGGGACGGAACGGUUAAUGGUGGUGUGGAUGCGGAUCGUGCGAGGUUGGAUGAGUACAUUUCCGGUUUGUUGCUGGACAAUCUGAAUAAUCUUGCUGACGCGACGGAACUCGUCCUGUCAGCGGACUCCAACAACACGCUGCUUGGGGUUUACAGUGAACGAAGAGCGCAGCUUGACGAUCGACAGAACAACAACGAGGACGAAUCUCAGGCCACUGGUGUGAUGAAGCAGAAGCUAACGGAAAAGUACAUCGGUGAUGGAGGUGGUGUGGUUUGUAACUCUCCACCACAACCGGACAAACGUAAACCUUCACCGAAGAUCUUAGACGGUGGAGAUGAUGAGUGUGAUAAGGAAAAUGAGGAUGAUGCCACCAACAACAACAACAACAACAACAACAACAACAGUAAAGAAAAGAGCAAACAUGACAGCAACAACAACAACAACAACCACCACCUCCAGCAGCAGGUUGAUGGUGGUGAUCGUCACCGUCGUCAGAAGCACCGUUCGAAGGGGAAUGGAUUUUAUCUACGUCCUGGAAGUCGAUCACCCCGACUUGCGGAGAGUUCCGAGAUUGAUCUGAACGGGAAGUACUACUUCCCGGCGUACGGGCUCGAGACGGAUCCAUCCGACAACACGGACAUCGCGUCGGAACCGGAAGGACUCGUGCUUGGAAAAAUCGGUACCGGUUCGACGUACGAUCGUGGUUCCGUUGUUGUGCCGCGGUUUUCCGCAAUGCCACGCACGGAAUCGAUGGAAGUUCAACCUUCCUCCUCGAACUCCGCAGAAGACGACGGAGAUGGGCUGGAUGAGGUGGCUGGUGACGAAGACGACGCAGGUGAUGGAGAUGAUUCCGAUGGCAGCAGUUUGGUAGACAGUCUGGAUGGAUUUGGACCACCUGUGCCGGUGGUGGUACCGGCGAGAUCUCACAAACCACCGAAACAAUCGAAACCCGUGGAAGUUGCCGGUGGUUCGACGACCAGCUCCACCGAACGAUCACCACGGCAUGAGAAAGGUGAAGCGUUCUUCGUACCGAUCCACUCCGAAACGACUCCUGCGGCACUGCUGAGGAUCGAUGAGCGAGUUAUCGUCGCGGAUACGAUGCCGCUGCGCAUCAAGGAACGCCUCAACAACCGUCGUCGGUUGAUGAACUGGAAGAAGGAACAAGAGCACCUGAAGAAGCAGCGCAAAAUGAUGCGCAUGAUGGAGCAGAAGCGGUUCUACGGGGAACCUGCGAUUCAGGUGAUCAGCACGAUCGAUAAGGCGCUUGGUCGCAAGGAGUUCAUCCCACCGGGUGCUAGACGGGCCGUUUUUGGGGGUGGAAGUGCUGGUAGUCGUGACAUCACCACCCCCACCGGUCCAACACCUUUUAGGGCGAUGAAACCAAAGAAACGUGCCACUGGAGGUGGAGGAGCAGCUUUGCGAACGGAAUUGGGCAUGCUGGAGUCGUACAAGAUCGAUGGGAAAGGCAAUAUGCAGAUUCAAACAACGGCUGCAGGUGCCGGUGGGACACGUAAAGGACCAGCCGACCGUGUGGUUCCGACAUCCGCCAGCUCUAAGGGUGCUUGGGGAAUGGCCGCCGAAAGGCGACAAGGUAAAGGCAAAGCCGAAACACCUGCAGCACUGUCAACGGCUUCGACGACGGUUGGUAGCGCACGUAGUACAGCGCCAAGUCGGGCUGGUGGUGGAAAAGCACUACCACCGGGUGAUGGCCGACGGCGGCAGGUGUUGAAGGAUGUGCAGCAGAUGACACUGUACCCGCAGGCUGAUCUAACACCCGACAUCGAAGGUGGUCCGAGACGUGUGUAUCAGAAAACGGAGAUCCAAGAGGGUGAUAAGCACAUCGAGAUUCUGGAGAUCGUUGAGUGUGCGGAUAGUGCACCGAGAAACCGACACGCUGGUGGAGGUCAUCGUCAAGGUCAUCGUGUGCAUAGUGCAGGGCGUGGUCGAGGUGGCACAGGUGGCGUUACCAGUAGUGCGGGUGGAUCUGGCAAUAGACAUCGAUCGCGUAUUCCGGUGCCGAUCUAUCGGUUUGGACGUUACCGUCUGAGUUCGCAUUCGCGUGAGGGAAGUCCGCUGUCGAGUGGUGGCAACCCCAAGGUGGACAGGAUGAUCGCGGAUAUGUUGCUCGAAGCGCUCACAAACCCGGAGGAGGUUGGUGUGAAGCUUGUCCGGACGCCUGAAGCCUUACGCGAUGCCGGGAAAGCAUCCUCGAAGCGAUCGAACGGUCCUGCUUCCAACAAGAAGGCUUCAUCAUCCUCAUCGUCCGGAAGUGCCGGUGGAAGUAGUAACACACUGUUGACUCCACGCCGCACGGCCAGUGGACGAUAUACGCAGAAGUUUGAAAUGAUUCCCGAAGAACGGUCGAGUGUUUCGAUCGAAUCCUCCACCGAGGAGCUGUCAGCAGGCGGUGGCAAUCGUGCUAAAAAAGGUCCACAUCCGUCCCCGAGGCGUGUGAGCUUUGACGAGCACCAUCAGAUCCUGAACCGGGACGAACUGGAGGAAUCCGCCACAGUGACGCUAACCGUUCCGAGUCCUUCACCGAAGCGUUCGUCGGCGGCAUGUUCGCCGAAGAAAAGUCCCACCAAACCCGGCCCACCGGUGAAGGGCAAAAGUUCCGGUUCCGGCAUCACCAGCACCACCAAUACCACCACCACGACCAGUCGCGGCAAGGCGGCCAUCGAGAGCGACGUAAUCGAGGAGAAGGGAUGGAUCGGGUUCAGCACCCAGCACGAGGAUAUGGCCACCCCGGUCCGUAACGGUCACGAUGAUGAAGACACGAGCCCUUCCAUCGUGCCACGUGGCGCACUAGAGCAAAUACCUUCCCAUAGUUCACUGCACAACACCACCGGUAGAAGCGUGGUUCGUACGAUCACCACUGGCAACUGUGUGCCUUUGGUGAUCGGCCAACAAGCACAGCAGGAUCGAACACCUGAUCACGCGCCGUUGAUGUCGGCCAUUUCUAAUCCCACCCCCGGCUAUGGUAUCGCUUUCGGUGACGGUGUAGAACGCCAACACCACCACAACGGCGACGAUGGGGAUAGGGAUACGCGAUUCCGGUCACCAGCGGCGGACUCCUUCGUGACGGAUAGCCUCAACACGAAGCUUUCGUCUGGAUCGGGCCCUUCGCUUCCUUCGAUGCCUUCGACGGCCCUGCGUUACUGUGGAACGAUGCUCGAGAAUCACCGGCACAGGGUGACGCAAGAUCCUCAAGAUCCUCAGGUGGAGUUGGCGUAUCGUGCCCAGCAACAUCGACUUCCGUUGACUGUCGCGGCCAGUAGUGGACCUCCGGCACCUUACCAGCAUCAGAUACGGGAGGAGAACGCGUGGCAGGUGUUCCAGACGGGUGAUUGUAAGGUGAUCCAGUCGAAGAUCGAGUACUACGAGACGUCGAUCCAUCGGACGCCUCUAACGGGGGGUGGUGAGCUGAUUGGGCUUGAUUCUAAUGCCCUGUGUCCACAUGUUCCACCACUCUCGACGGCUGAUUCGCUGGAUGAGUUGGUUCGUGGUGGGUCGUGGCACCGACAACGCACCACAAGCAUCGGUACAGCGUCAGAUGUGCCCAAGACCUCUGAUACCACGUGUUCGUCUUGUUGCUUCUGCAAUCCUGAGCUACAUCGGCGUGGUGCAAGUGGAGUUAGUGACACGAAACCUGCAACCGAGGGGUGCUUCUACUGUCGAGCUAAGCUUGGACAAUCGCCUACACGGAGUUUCCCAGCUCCACCGACACCACCCAACAUACAGACGUCACCUGUGCCGCCUUCACCACAGACACCGAUCGCCGAGCUGACACCGACACCAUCCCUGCAGGAGAUAGCCGUUCCCGUGCGGAAGAGCUCACUGACACGGCUUAAACCCACCGCUGGUGGGGGAGAUCCUGCCCGAAGACCUUCUGAACCGGCGAAGAAGAACAUCGUAGACCCGGUGAAAGGUGGCAAACAGAGUGGUAAGACUUCGGAACCUGUCUCAGAAAAGCCACCGAAACGUUCUUCCACUGGGCAUGUCACCGCGACGAAAGGACACACGGAUGAAGGAGCACCACAAAAACCUCUGCCACCGGUUCCAGCACCACCAGGUGCAGGUCUAACACCGAAACUGGGCCGAAAACGACCAUCCGCUGAACCUCCAGCGGGUGGUGUGCUAAAUCGACCGAAACACACAAACAGCCUAACGCGAGCCAACACCUUGGUGCAGUCCGUGCAGAAGGAAAUCAAAAAUGAGCUGCGAGCUCCGAUUCGUGUGCCACCGAAACCUGUGAAGGAAUCGGCGUCCAAUCGGAAGGAGAAAGAACGCCAAAUUGGACUGAGCCUCCCGCAGACGGGAAGUCUAGAGAGUAGUCGACCACCACGAUUGCCACCUCAGAGUGCCUGCGAAGAGGCCCCUCUGGUGACAUCAGCAAUCGUGGUCUCGACAAUUGGGUCGGCAGAAACGCAUGGUUAUGACAACGAGACGACCACCUCAGAUGGAGGAUCCGAGGAUAACUCGACGCCAGAUAGCACCCCUAAUGCGAGCCCAUUUAAAGUGAAGAUCCCACAACAGCAACACCUGCAGCAGCAGCAGCAGCAGCAGCAGCAACCUCAGACACAACCUCCUGGAGCGGCCACACGCUGGAAGACGAACAGCGAACGUAAUCUUUCGCAGCUGGCCAUCCAGAAGCUGAUGAGCGCUAGCCGAUGGGGUAGUAAAUGGCGUAAAGCGGCCACUAGAGGGCUUCCUGAGGAGUCUCAGUGUGCUCCUGAUGCUGUGCUGCUGGCAUCGGCCGGUAGUUGCAGUGAUCUGAGCCCACUAAAAUCGGGCAGUGGAGUUGCAGCAGUAGGUUCAACGGCCGGUACUACGACGACGUCGAACAUCGUCAGUGGCAUCACGCAGACGAGCUCCAACCAAGGCUGGACGGUGACGGUGGCUGGGAAUUACAACCCCGAGAUGGCACCGGACGUUGAGAUGCGUUUGAGCUUCCCUAAGGGUGCUGGAAGUGGUCAAACCGGUGGUAAAUCGGGAACCUUGACUGGGGCUACCAGCUCAGCGGUUACAUCGAGUCUGCACGGAAGUCAGGAAUCGUCGGGUCCCUUGGGAACCAUAGCUGGAAGACAUCGAGCACAGACGCAGCAGUACGGACCCGUGGAUACGGAUGAUCUGCUAGAGGGUGUUGGAUACUCUGGCAUGAGCAGAAGUACAUCCCGGGCGGGUGCACUACCACCGCCAUCCUCUCAGGCACCGGGUUCUUUGAAUCCUAGGCGAAACCUAACGCGCUCCGAUGGAACAGGUGCUGGUGGCACUGGCAAGGACUAUCGUCUUCCGAAUGUUGGCCCCGGGCACAACGUUUUGGCAAGACCGACGGCGAGGAAAGCGAUCAAGACGGUGGAAUGCAGCGUCGUAGCAUCAGCAACGCGCACCGUCGCAAACAACUACCAUCAGCUAUCACACCAGCAUCAGAUGGCGCAGGAUCACCAGCAGUUCACACCGCGUGGUCCAACGACGGCGACGACGACGAUGGGGGCGGGAGGGCGCGGUGCACGGUCACGCCCCACCAACCCGCUGCUUCCUCAGGCUUCCGCACAAGUACUCCAUCCCACAUUGCAAAAUGGGAGCGGUGGAAAGUUCCUCUCAUCAUCCUCACCUUCACUAGCGUCCCAACAGCAGCAUCCAUCGCAGCGCUUUCAUCAUCCCGAACCAUCAUACCACCUAGAAGACUAUGGUAACGCGUACUACGGUGGUCAUCAGCAACAACCGUAUGCGAAUGCGCGACGAAUGUCACUCGAAAGUCAACAACUGCAGCAACAGCAGCAGCAACACCAUGCGCCUCCAUCAUCGCUCAUGCCAACCGGAUGCCUGUCGAUCAUGGGUAACGCGAUCGCACCGGAAAUUAAACCGAGGGUACCGACCAUGAGCGAAAAGGAUGUAACGCGAAGGCACCACGUCUGCUACACCCGCACGCAGCCAUACUUCUCUUAAACGUGCGGACAACAAACGUAGACGACACAAUUCUCAGGUCUGGUGUGUGUGGCGGAAGCGGUCAGCAGAGCAUCGAGCAUCCUUCGGUGUCUCCUUUCACAUCGCUACUAGUUGAAAACAAUCCUUCCUUUCAAUGAUGAGUGGGCAGUCGUUGCUGCCAUGCUCCUCUUCUCUUAGUGUAAAUUAGGGCGUAGAAUUUUAGGAAAUAAAAUAAAAAACAAGACCACACCUAGGGUAUUAUU